AGGCCCGGAGAAACUGCUCGAGGUUUGGUUUGCUCCUAACGCUAAAGCACUCCCGCCUGGUGCAGAGCCCAAUGGCCUGAAAUCGGUCUCUAACGAAACUUGGGUCGGGAUGUUGGACAUGGUCAACUGCAAGAUUCUCUCCGUCCUCGAGGCUGAGCACAUGGAUGCCUAUCUACUCUCCGAGUCUAGUAUGUUUGUGUUCCCACACAAACUUAUUCUCAAGACUUGCGGGACCACGACCCUGUUACUUGGUCUUCAUAGGCUUCUUCGAAUUGCCGCCGAACAUGCCGGGUUCCCCUUUCAUAACGCCAAAUCCCUAGAUCAUAUCCACGCUGCGGCUACGCCUUAUCGGGUGUUCUAUUCACGCAAGAACUUCCUUUUCCCCCACAAGCAGCAAGGCCCUCAUCGUAGCUGGAAGCAGGAGGUUAAAUAUCUUGACGACAUGUUCGAAGGGGGGAGCGCUUAUAUGGUUGGAAAGAUGAACGGUGAUCACUGGUACCUGUACAUCACCUCACCCCAAACCAGCUUGACACCCCCUCGUACACCAGAUGUAGAGAAAUCAUUGAGCCCGACUGGCCCGACUAGCACCUUUAGGAUUCCAACUGGAUUGGCUUCCGCAUUCAAUGGCGGCCCGGCCUCCAACGACGAAACACUCGAGAUUUUGAUGACGGAUCUCGACCCUGAGAAUGCGAAGAAGUUCUACCUGGAGCACGCGAGUGCGGUCGCGAGCACCAGGUUCUCUGAGCAAGCUCAGGAAGCGCGGCAGAUUGCCGCGGAUAGUCUUGGGGACUUGUCUGGUAGUACUGCGACGCUUAGGACUACCAGUACUAUCGACAGCUCCACCGAUGACACAUUUGAUGUGUUUAGCAACGGAAGCGACUCGGAUCUUCACGGAACCCACACUCCACUCUCCGAGCAGGUGGAUGAUGAAGGUCUGACUACCGAAGGUCACGCGCUGGGUACUGUCGUCGCCGAUACUUGCGGCCUCUCAGAUGUGUAUCCUACUUCCGUAUACCCUGAUGCUCGUGUCGACGCAUACCUUUUUACCCCGUGUGGCUUUUCAGCCAACGGCAUAAUUCCUGCUCCUAUGAAGCAGGAAACGGAAGAGCACGUCAAGUCGACCCAUUAUUUCACUGUACACGUGACGCCCGAACCCAUUUGUUCGUUCGCCUCAUUCGAGACCAAUGUUCCCGGUGGCCAAAAUGGACGCGAGACUUCGGAGAUUAUUGAGCAUGUGGUUGGGAUUUUCAAGCCUGGUCGAUUCAGUGUCACUCUAUUCGAGGCUAAGUCAGUGCAGGCGUCCGACGAUGACGAGGUCUUCGUUGGAGUCAGUCGCAUCAAGCGCAUGGAGAAGAUUCAGGGAUACCGGCGCAUCGACCGUAUAGUCCAUGACUUUGACGAUUACGAACUUGUCUUCCGUUACUACGAGCGAGAGGACUGGGUUGGUGGAAGUUCGCCCCGUGUUGGGGAGGACAUUUAAGUGCUUCAGUUUAUUUUCUGACCAGCUCCUUUGCUCUGCGUUCGUUUUACUUUCUCGUUAUCGUUGGGAUUUGGUAGUUUUUAGCACGCGGGAUGGAAAGCAAGAUGAGAAACACAAUGCUAUCGAUGGCUGUGGGACUC